GCACUGCCCCAGCCCUGCAGCACCAGAGCCAUGGCUGAGGAGCAGAGAGAGCUGGAGGAGAGGAUCAUCAUCAAGGACCAGCACACCAAGGAGAUCGACCUGGUGAACAGAGAUCCAAAGAGGAUUAAUGAAGACGUUGUAAAGGUGGAUUUCGAGGAUGUGAUAGCUGAGCCCGUGGGGACGUACAGCUUUGAUGGUGUCUGGAAAGGCAGCUACACCACCUUCACCGUCAGCAAGUACUGGUGCUACCGGCUGCUCUCGGCCGUGCUGGGCAUCCCCCUGGCCGUGGUCUGGGGCUUCCUCUUCGCCCUCAUCUCCUUCUGCCACAUCUGGGCAGUGGUGCCCUGCAUCAAGAGCUACCUGAUCGAGAUCCAGUGUGUCAGCCGCAUCUACUCCCUCUGCAUCCACACCUUCUGCGAUCCGCUCUUCGAGGCGCUCUCCAAGAUCUGCAGUAACGUCAGGGUUAUGCUGCGGAAGGAAACCUAAAUCCCAGCAGCACCACAACCACUGUGUUGUGCCGGCCCCCGAGCAGCCACAGUGCACCCAUUGGGUCUCUACUGAUGCGCCGGGGCUCUGCACACAGCUGUCCUUAGGAUGUCAAGGACACAGAGGUGCUCGUGUGCUCUGCUGGCACUGCCCCAAAGUGCUGUGCUGAACCGGGGCCCAGGAGGCCUCCUUGUUCAGAUAUUAUUCUCAAUUUAAUCUUCCCUCAGCUCCCAACAAGUUCUUGAGGCCAAAGUCCCUCCCAGUGCAAUGCCACAGACAGAGGCACAGCUUGAAUGGUGCUCCUUUGCUGACAUGGGGUGGUGGAGCUCUGCUGCCCUCAGCAACGUAGCACUGAUGCUGCACAGCACUGCGCCUCAGGGUGGCUGCAGUUACAUGUAAUAAAGGAUAUUUGGAUGUUUGUAGGAAAAAAAAAUGUUUCCCAAAACACUUUAUCACAGGUAUUUUUUUAAAGGCUUUUGUUGGAAUGAAAAUAAUUUAAAACCAUGUUGGAAUUAUA